CCGUAGUCUCUGGUCAUCUCCUGUACUGUGUCUGCAGUCUCUGGUCAUCUCCUGUACUAUGGUCUGCAGUCUCUGGGGGUCAUCUCCUGUACUAUGUCUGCAGUCUCUGGUCAUCUCCUGUACUAUGUCCGCAGUCUCUGGUCAUCUCCCUGUACUGUGUCCGCCGCAGUCUCUGGUCAUCUCCUGUACUGUGUCCGCAGUCUCUGGUCAUCUCUGUACUGUGUCCGCACCUCUGGUCAUCUCCUGUACUGUGUCCACAGUGAUCUGGUCAUCUCCUGUAGUAUGUCCGCAGUCCUCUGUUUUUUUUUUUCAUCAAUCA